AUGGACGUGCAUACAGCGUCGACCUCUCACGAGGGUCCGGAAAUCCUUCCAAUAUGCAAUAUACUCGGUCGUGCAGUGAACAUGUUAUUGCCAUAUAUUGACCCCUUCGAUUACAGAGCCGUCCUGGAAAAUGGCUCGCAGAGGUUAAUCGUGGGGAUGGCCAAAACUGGAAACAAAGCCCAGCCGCCAGGGGAGAAAAAGCCAUACUUGGUCCCAGAUAACGUGGAAUACAGGUAUCUUGGUACUAAUUCCUCGAGGAACGACCUCAUAUGCGAAAUGGGAUCAGAGCUAGCCCCUAAGCUAGGGAUGAAUAUGAGUUUGAGUGGUCGCUACGCUGGUAUUUCAAUAUCCUCCAACUCGCAGCACAGCUAUGAGCCUUCCCUGCGAUUCAACAGUCUCUACGGUAUAUACAGCUUCGAUCAGCAGUCCUACAGGCUAUAUCUGGAUCGCGAUCGAUGUUACAGCUUUGUAAAUAUGGGCUUCAUUAAUGCCGCGGAACAACUGCCUUCCUGGGAGGAGCGUCCGGCCAUAUACCAAGUGUUCAAGUCGUUUUUCGAAACUUGGGGCACUCAUCUCGUAGUGCAGUGUCAUAUGGGCACUCGAUAUCAACUCAGGGUUGAACGUGAGCAGGCCUCACAAAACAUGCGGGAUGAGUUCAGCGCGCAUGUCAAAGCGGAAUAUCAGGGGAUCAUGGGCGGGAGCUAUGGGGUGGAAAAUGAGGAUGAAUACAGGCGGUAUUUGAACGUCCGCACAACUCAGUGCAAAGUCCUCGGAGGUGACGCUGGUUACGCUGCGAUUUUGGCAAAUGAUCCCGCCAGCAAGGAAGCCUUCCAGAAUUGGCAAUCGAAUCGUUUCCACGAGAGAGACGCCAUGACUAAUACCCAGAUCCAGAGACUUGACACGUUCUUGCAAGGAAGUAACGAAACUUCCCAAAAGAAAAUCGGCGAACGCCUCGCGCCAGCACUUGAUUACAUUUGUAAUUUCAUGGAGCUGAAGGGAAGGCUCAAGUUUAUACCAAUUUCAGCUCGAAACGAAAGGUUACAAUGGGCUGAAUGCAAGAUUACCUAUCUCCCAGGCAUGGAAAUCAUACCAGAAAACAAGAUGGGCUGGAGGGUGACGAGAAUAUCACCAGUGCACGUGAAAUUUGAGCAGUGCAACUCGGACGAAAAUUAUCUUGAAGUUGGAAUUACUAUCCGAGGGCCAACUCAUACAGUGGAUGUUUCGUUUAAUGGGGGAUUGGAAAGUGGCUCCGCAAGCCUGUUUCGGUACCUUCUUCUGUCAAGUUCUGGGCCAAAACCUGAUCAGUUUUGUACCCGUGUGAUUUCCAAGAAGCCGACGGGAGAUGAGUCUGUGGUCCACGUUUCACCGUCUUUAAAAACCUGGGGUGAUUUUUCGGAACCCGAAUUGGCGGCUCAUAAACAAGGGAUGGAAUAUGCGAAGGAGCAUAGAAUAAGUGAAAUGCUUCUAAAGGCUCAUUGA